AGCAUACAGCUGCAAUCCUACAGCAGCCAUGUUGUAAGUGCUUGUUCUCUAGCCUGCUGACCUGCUGAGCCACGUAGGGAGUGAACAAGCCCUUAGUACUCCAUGAAGCAGCCACUCAGAAUCAAAGAAUGGGUCUCAUGCUGGUCGUAAUACAGACAUUUCCCAUGUCCUUUCGUGAGCGCCUUUUUUUGCCUGAAAUUUAACCCUCAACAAAGUUAUGGACAAAACCUGAAAGUCCAGAUCAACACAACUGAUGAUACCAUUUGCAUGAAGUACCUUCGGCUAAUUCCCAACACCAAACUCCACGGCUUCAUCUUGGGCUAUGGAAGCAGCUUCUUUUCUAACCAGUAUAUCCCCCUACCUUCAGAAGGAAAGUCCUAUGUAACAGAAGUUGAUGCUGAGCCAAGGUACUUGAUUACAGUACGAGCUGCACCCGUUCGAAAUCACAGGAAAACCUGCUCAGGUAAGACCAAGACUCAAAAGCCGCUCCAACUGGUGGUUGGCACUUUGACCCCAAACUCUGUCUUCCUGUCCUGGGGGAUCCUAGUCAAUCCGCAACAUGACUGGACUGCGACGAGUAGCUGUGCUAGUGACAGAUUUUAUACAGUUCGCUACAGGGAAAAGGAUAAAAACAAGAAAUGGGGUUUUCAGCUUUGUCCAACUACAGAGACAGUGGUGGAUAAUCUGAAGCCCAACACACUAUAUGAAUUUGGAGUGAAAGACAACACAGAAGAUGGGAUUUGGAGCAAGAUUUUCAAUCACAAAACCAUUCUGUCUAAUAAAAACAAAGGAAAUGGACAUCUCCAGAAUACCUACAAGUUCAUACCUAAUAGUCAAACACAGUUCAUACCAGGAGAUGGUACAAAACGCGUCCCUAUUACAAGAAUCAAACAAGUAAUUCAAAACAUCACACAUCGGAUACUGCCUAAAGCCACAGACAGGCCAUCCUUGGCAGGAGCAAUACUAGUGCAUCUUAUCGUUCCAGGUCUGAAUGAAACACCACCGAAGUUCCCUAAAACACUGGGCAUGUUUGAAACACCAAAGAAAAAAUUGAUUAUGAAUGAAACACAAAUGUGGCCUGCUGAAUCCAAAACACCAAAAGUGCAAGAAAUCUCCCCACAGUCCUUCCCAGCUACCAUUGAAUCAUUUCAGGAGAGCAUUAAACCUACUGUACCUGCUGCCUCAGAAAAAUCAGACACAUCUUCAGAUUACAAUGAAAGUGAACUGGAAUCCACGAAACCUAACAUAGCACCUACGCCUGAAUUAUCAUUGAACACACUAGCUCACAGUGAAACUGAGAGUGGCCUUGAAGAAACAAAUUCAACUCCUAAACCUGAACUGGCACAAACUCAAAACAUACUGGCUUCUAAUGAAAUGCAGAUUAUUUCUUCUGGAUUCAAAAUAUCUGAUGCUCCAAAAAUACGACAGACAAAACCCGCGACCACGAAACCAGCCCUGAAAUCUUCUUUUCCUUUCAUGGAAACCCCAGAGACAGUAAUGGUUUCUGAUGAAACACAGAUUGUUUCUUCAAGACCCAAACCAUCUGACAUCCCAGAAAAGCUACCAACCAAAUCUGUAACUAUUCAAACAACUAUGAAAACAGUCACACCUGAAGCUAGUAAAGCAGAAGCUGUUUCAUAUGACUUUCCUCCUGUUGCUACCACUCCCCAAACAGCUGAAAUUUCGGAAAUAUUUGAUCUAGACUCUGUUACAAAUAGCGCUGACCUGGAGACAUCUGAGCCUCUAAUUUCCAGAAUACCUCAUUUGCUAGGAACAAUGGCUUUAGAUGAUAUUCAACCUGUUGUUUCAAGCCCCACAACAUCUGAUGAGCCUGAUAUAACAGAUACCAAACCAGCAGCAACAAGUGAGCCCACUGUGGAAUCUUUCUCACCUAAAACUUCUAGUGCUCUUGAAUGGCCAAGGGAAACAUUGGCUCCAAAUGAAAUACCACUUAUUCCUUCUAAAUUGAAGCCAUAUCCUCUUCCAGAAGUACAGCAUGUGAAACCUGCACAAAAGCCACUGCUUUUAGGACAGAGUACACCCAAAGCUUCAAAGACUAUUGAAUGGUCAAAGACAACGCUAGCUCCCUGGGAAACAAAGUUUGUUACUUCUACACCUAAACCUUCUGCCAGACCAAAAAUGCCACAAAGUAAACCUGCAGAAAAAUCAAUUCAUUUGGAGAGCAAUACACCUAAAUUUUCUAUUCCUCUUGAACUGCCAAGGACAACACUAGCACCCAGUAAGACAAAACUAAUUCCUUCCAAACCUAAAGUCUCUCUCCAUCCAGAAGAACCCAAGUCAAAACCGGCAGCAACCAGGAAACCCAUUGCAGUGCCUGUCACUAGUAAGAUUUCUUCUGUUACCGCUACUACUGAGACUCUUGAACAUCCGAAAUCUACAAUGGCUCCAAAAGAGACAAGACGUGUUCCUUUGAAGCCUAAACCAUCACCAAAGCCUCAUGUGCCACAGACAAAACCUGCCCUGGAAUCAACUACCUUUAGAACUGAACAGCCAAAGACACCAUUAGCUCCAAAAGAGGUACGACGUGUUCCUUCCAAGCCAAAAAUAUCGCCAAGUCCAGACGUGCCACAAGCCAAACCAGCUCCAAAAGAGGUACGACGUGUUCCUUCCAAGCCAAAAAUAUCGCCAAGUCCAGACGUGCCACAAGCCAAACCAGCUCCAAAAGAGACACAGCGUGUGCCUUCCAAACCUAAAACAUCACCCAUUCCUGAUACACCACCAACCAAAGCUGCUACGAAAGAGAUUCGACGUAUCACGUCUAGACCCAAAACGUUAGCCAGCCCAGAGGUACCACCAACAAAACCUGUUCCAAAAGAAAUUCAGCGAAUUCCUUCCAAACUCAAAACAUCAGCCAGCCCAGAUGUGCCACACACCAAACCUGCAGGAAUCAUUCCAUCCAUCCAAGAGCCAGUCACUGCUACAGCUCCUUACUCUCUUGAACGAGCGAAGGCAACUCUGGCUCCAAAGGAAAUACGACUCAUUCCAUCCAAACCCAAAGCAUCUGUCCGGCCAGAAGCACCGCAGACUAAACCUGUUCCAAAUGAAACAUACCCGAUUUCAUUCAAGCCCCAAACUGCUCUAACUACAGAAAAUCCACAGUUGAAAACUGUUUCCUAUGUGGUUCGUACAGAAACCAUUAAACCUAAAAUAUCAAAACCAUUUGGCAAAACAGAAGCAACACUGGCACCGCAUAAAGUUCAUCUCACUCCUGCAAGACCCAAGAUAUCUGAUAAGCCACAGACCAGACCUGUACUAAACAAAACGACACCAGGACCUGGUAGAACAAAAACUGCUGGAGUGGUGAGAUGGGGCGGUACGCCAACAGAAGUAGUCCGGGAUUCUACUAAAUUUCUGAUGGGCUCAAACGUAUCACUGGAAUCCAAUGUUACAAGGAAAAAGAUAGAUUCUGUAGCUAUACCACCUGACAGUCGGCAUCCUCCCGUAGCUCCUGCGAGGCCUACACAGGUGCGAAGAAAACCUUUGCCUCCAAACACAGUGACUGGUAAACCAGGAAGUCCAGGAAUUUCAUCAACAUCACGAGCUUCAGCUUCUUCCACGACUUCUGCAGUGAGACCUACUGGCCCAACCAAAUCUCUAAAGACAGAAAAACCAAGAAAGAAGCCAACAGUUUCUGCUUCUCCAGAGGAACCUGUUAAUACAACUGUCUUCAGCUCGAGUCCUACAUCCGAGACUGAUGUUCAGGGCCAACCACGGUUCAAAGCUCCUUACGUUGUGUACAUGCCAAAAGGUGACAAUGAGCCAUGUUCUAUCACAAGCACUUUGGAACAUUUCCCAGAAGAGGAGGCCAGCAACAAGGAAGAUGCUACUAAUCCUCCACAAAAUCCUCCUUCCAACCUGACUGUGGUGACAGUUGAGGGCUGUCCUUCCUUUGUUGUACUGAACUGGACAAAACCGGAAAAUGACACUGUUACUGAGUAUAAGGUAGUAUCAACUGAAAAUGGAGCACCUACCGGAAAGGAGAUGUCCAUUCUAACUACAAACCAAACCCACUCUACAGUUGAAAAUCUGAAACCUAACACAAGUUAUGAAUUCCAAGUGAAAGCCAUAAACCCUAGCGGUGAAGGUCCACCCAGCGAUAAGGUCCAAUUUGAUACUGAAUCAGCGGACCCAAGAGUGAGUGAGCCAAUUUCAAUGGGAAAAGAUGCCAUCUGGACUGAAAUCCCUUUCAAUUCCAAUGCCUAUUCAGAAUGCAAAGGGAAACAGUACGUCAAAAGGACCUGGUACAAGAAGUUUGUAGGUGUGCAACUGUGUAACUCCCUGAGAUAUAAGAUUUACCUCAGUGAUUCACUUACAGGUAAAUUUUACAGCAUAGGAGAUCAGAGGGGACAUGGAGAAGAUCAUUGUCAAUUUGUGGACUCAUUUUUAGAUGGAAGGACAGGGCAGCAAGUUUCUUCAGACCAGCUACCCAUGGAAGAUGGCUUUUUCAGAGCAGUUCGUCAGGAACCUGUCAAGUUUGGAAAAAUAGGUGGUUCGACCCAUAUUAACUAUGUCCAUUGGUAUGAGUGUGGAACGUCAAUACCUGGUAAAUGGUAGUUGCUAUAUGAACUCGAAAAUGAACAAAGGCCUACCACUACCAUGCCCUUCUCCCAAACAAGUUCAGCGAUGGAAACAUUUAUGGUCUUCCUGUCUUCCAUGUUUAGUCAUGUAUAAAGUUUAUAAACUUACGACAAUACUGCAUUAACUGUGUUUAAUAGCAUAGGCUGCUUACUAUAGUUACUCCAUUUUUACCAGAAAGCACAAGGAAAAGGAUAAGGUCUGGGGAAGCUGGCUCCCUAUAUUCUGGCUAAUAAGGUACAGUUUAUAUGGUAUUUUAAAAGAUACAAUUUGUAUAUUAUUUAUCACAUUGUUGUAAUAAAUGUUUUGAGGGAGAGUAAUGGCUAAGUUGAUCAAGAAACUGCAGUAUACAUUUAACUUUAGAUAUUCACUCUGUUAUUGAAGUAGUGUCAUAUGCUGCUUAUCAAGGUAAUUCUGUAAGUCUCCAAUUUCUCCAUACACUUAAAUUAUUAAAUUAGAAUGUUCUGGGACUGACUUCUGUACUUUAUAAAUACCCAGAUUGAAGAGCUUUUCCCCUUGUAUCUAAACAAUUUGUGUUCUUGCCAAAAUUAAAAGAAAACGUGUUAUAUUUCAAUGCUUUAGUGCACCAAGAAAGCAAUUGUAAGCUUUUAAAGAAAUGCAAGCAUAGUUUCUUGGUGACAGUCAGACUUGCACAUCCAUAUUAAAAUUGCCUGUUCACAUGGUUAAAAUUAGUCUAUCCCUGUAAAUACAGUUGCUACUUAAACAGUAUCCAGUUAGCAUUAGUACUCUUCCAUGUUGAGUUGAUGGAUGGUGUUUUUACUUAAUCAGGCUUUUCAAGACUGCCUGAGCAACAGAAGUCAAAUCUGCACCUCUUGCAGUGGGUUUUCUGAAAUUUUGAUAAACUACUUUGCAGGCCAAAUGUAUAUAGCACCACAGAAUUUAGAGUAAGAUAAUGAGGUGUGGGAGGAUAUGCUCAAAAUACCAGUUUAUUUAACAAUCAAGUGUGGGAGGAUAUGCUCAAAAUACCAGUUUAUUUAACAAUCAAGUUUCCUCUAUUUCAAAAUUGUUAGCAUGGGAAAAGCAGUUAGUUCUGAAUGUGAGUUGUUCCAUUAAAAACCUGUCCCCUCUCUACAGACUAGAUUCUGUACUUCCCUGAACAUUUAUGAACUAAAGAGAUUUUUUUGAGCAGGGUGUUUAUUCAUUGUAUUAGAAAAGGUAUGAACAGGAACACCAAAUAAAUGUCAUUUGUAGAAAAUGCCUUAAAGUACAUUGCAGGUACACUGUACUCGAAUAAAAUAUUUUUUAACCAUGUCAAGUUUUUGUAUAUUGGUUGGCUUUCCACUUUGGCGCUACCUUUCACUUACCAUUGUGUGUCUCAGAAGACUGCCUGUUCAGUAUGUUAUAUAUGAUCAUAAAAGGAUACAUUACAACCUCCCCUACCAAAGUGGAAGAUGAGAAUAUUUGUAAACAGGUUUGCACAGCUCUUUACACUGUUUUUCCUUGUAACUGAAGGUUUUGUUACAGGUACUGAUUUAGGUUUUCUGGCUGGCAAAAAAAGUUUGUAGCACAUUUUUUUAAAUUCCUUGUUUGGCUGGGAAACAUUAAACACCAAGAAAUUCCUAUCAAGUCAAAGCUUCCACUGAAUGAUGGAUUAAAGCCACUGGGUAUGUGCCUUAAUGCAGUGUAUUUACUCAAUGUGAGCUGUACUAAUGCAACAAAAAACAUGAUUUGGUAGUCUAACAAAAGCAUCCAAUGAUAAUAGUCCUGAAUACAUCAUUAAAUCCCAAUCUGCAUUUGUAAUGUUUAA